AGAGUUUAUAUGGAGCAUGGAACGUGCAGAAGGAAAUGCAUUUCGGAGGUAAAAACAAUUCUUCAGCUGCCUAAAAUAUUAUCUUGUUACAGUACAGGAUUUAAAAAGGCUGUCAGUUAGUGCUGUUAUGGAUCCACGAUCUUGAAAUUGAAUAGUUUUCGAGUUUUGCCUACCGCUGAUAAGUUGAUCUUUGCGAAUGCCAGGAGAAGCUUCUUUCAAUUUGGCAAGUCUAAGGGACCUAAAGCUGUACAAAUUAUUGCAAUUUACAUGGCAAAGCUGAGUGGAAUACGAACUCGCUGUGAUUACCAGUUUAAGGUAAGAAUUGGUUUAUUUUAAAGAAUACACAAAGUGUAUUUGUCCAUAGAAAACACAAUAUAGCGAGUUUAAUUAGUUUGCAUGACAACUCUCACGACACCAAAUGAUGACCUGUGUCAAAUAAUAUCCAGACGUAAUACAAACACUUUCUGGGUUUGCUUUGUACAUCAGUAAGUUUGUUUUCUGUCUGUAAUUUCAUCGAUAUCUGAGUUGGUUGUCUCAACAGAAAGUAAACGACCUGCGGUUGUCAGCUUUUGAUGCAAAGCACGACCACUCCUCGCGAAUAGACCUUGUCACGGUUUUCGACGCCAUCUUGACGAGUAGGCAAACGUGUGAGAAAUUACAUGAGAAUAUAAUGUCGAAUAAUUUCCGUAAAACGGCUGUUCUCAAAAAAAUAUCAAUUGUAAACUAAAGCUACAACGCAAAGGAUUGUCUUAAAAAAAUUGGGGGGUGUACCUGUGCUUAGAUUUCUCCAGAGGCUUGCUUUAGAUUUUUCUUACAUUUGUCUGUAAUUUUCCCGGGACUUUCUUACAGACAAAUGUAUAGAAAAUUUAAAAAAGGGGUUCUAGGUCUCCUCGUGCAUGUAACGCCCUCAAUCUUUUUCAGUACAAUGCUUAGGAGAGAAGCUUUAGUUUACAAAUCAUAUUUUGUUAGAACAGCCAUUCUGUGGAAAUUAUUCAACAUUAGAUUCUCUUACAAACACUGUAAAUUUGCACACAUUUGCCUACUUGUCAAGAUGGCGUCGAAAACCGUGAUAAGGUCCAGGCCCGUAACCAGGAUUUUAUGUGGGGGGGUGCUAACGAGGCUAAAGCGGACCAAACUACCGAAAUGUAUUUUUUAUUGUCUGAUCCGUUUAUUUAGGAAAGUAGCAAUACAUGAGAAAUUGUAACGGCAAAGUACACGGAAGGAACUGAAUAUUACAUUUGUCGAAUACAACUGUUUAAAUUAAGUUAUAAAGGAGUAAUUUUACGAUGUAAAAUGAUACACCAAAAUACUGCGCAACUAAUCCCCGGAAUAGUCCCGAGCUCCAGCCUCUGUGGGUGUUUGGUGACAAACAGAUUUACCACCUCAUCCAAAACAAUUUUAACUAGAGAGUGCGAGGGACGACAGCUUUUCCUGGCCCAUGCAUGCCCUGUUAUAUGUAUGUAGCCUCCUUAAAUAUCACUGUUAAGUUUGCAACUUCAGUUUAACUGACUGCACGCCUUAACUUGGAUAUUGAGUAUCAAAAUGCGGACCAUUGGGGCCUGUGGGGGAGUGCGAAUGCACCCCGUGCACCCCGCUGGUUACAGGCCUGAGGUCUAUUAAAAUUUAGUACACUGUGGCGAGAGGAUAUGAGAAUCCGGAUAUGUUCGAGUGACGAGAGCUGGAAAAUGGUGUCUUACAUCUAAUAUCUAAUUUUCAAUAUUAUGGAUAAUAAGAAAUAAUGUACUUGUUACAGAUUAAAAACCUUUGUUUCGUACAGACACUGCUAUUAAUAGUCCAUUUUCGAGUUCGCUAUGACCGCUGGAUUAAAGAAGUGAAGACGCAUCUUUUACAGCCUUAGCCUCCAUCUGAAGUAAUAUAUUGACAAAUUCCAACGAGAAAAAGACAUGUUUAUUACUCUGUCUAUUGUGUAUAUUCAAAUUUCAAACACUUGCUUGCCAGAAUUUCUGAAUAUUUUACUUUACGUCGAGGCUAACCCUGUAUGAAUGUGUCGUUAAUGUUUAUAUUCAGCAGUAAUUUUGAAUUCGAAACUGGACUAUUCCUACAAAUUAAAUGUUUAGCUUAUUAAAAAAUUACAAAAUAUUAUCAUGGAACUUCUUAUUGUAAAGGGCAGAGAACUGUUAUUUUCUCAGAUGUAACCUGCUUUACUUUGAACAAAAACUCUGACAGAUGAUCAGCCCAUAAAUUCUCCCUCACAACAAAAUAUAUGAAUUUUUUUAUGAUUGUUAAUGGAUAGUAAUAUCUGGCUACUUCUCUCUCAUUUAACCUUUUGAAAAAUCCUGGAAGUCUUCAUAUCAUUGGAAUUGAUCGUUAGGGAGACAGUGUGGCCGAGUGGUUUAGAGCACUGGACUUGCAAUUUAGUGGCCUCAAGUUCAAGUCUCACUCUGAACACUAGCUGGAAUUGUUGACGGUAGUCCUGAGUUCCAAUCCUCGGCCAUGCUUGUAAAUGGCCAGCUGGUCUCCCUCUGGCCAGCCACUGACUUAUUAGCCCCCCACCACCCAGUUAUAGGCCCAUCUUCCUGUAAACAAAAAAAACUUCUGAUCAUAAGCCCCUGGAUGUAAGCCCCCUUGGAUAUAAGAUUCUCCGUUUAUAGGAUCCCCAUCCUGCAGUUAUAGGUCCAUCUUCCAGUAAACAAAAAAUACAUCCGGUUAUAAUCCCCUGGAUGUAAGCUCCCUUUUGCGCUAAUUAGGAGCUCCAGUUAUAAGCCCCCUAGGAUAUAAGAUCCUCCGCUUAUAAGCCCCCCACCCCUCCCCCCCCCCAGUUAUAGGCCCAUCUAUCUAUAACCAAAAAGAAAAAAACGAUUAUAAGCCCCCUGGAUGUAAGCCCCCUUUUGCUCUAAUUAUGAGCCCCCAGUUAUAAGCCCCCUAGGAUAUAAGAUCCUCCUCUUAUAAGCACUGCACCCCCAAGUCAUAAGCCCAUCUACCUGCAAACAAAAAAUACAUCUGAUUAUAAGCCCCCUGGAUGUAAGCCCCCUUUUGCUUCAAUUAUGAGCCCCCAGUAAUAAGCCCCCUCGAAUAUAAGAUUCUUCGUUAAUACCGGGGUACCCCCCCCACCCCCAGUUAUAAGCCCAUCUACCUGUAAACAAAAAAAUACACCCAAUUUUAAGCCCCCAAGAUGCAAGCCCCCCUCUACCUUGUAUUGAAAUUGAGUUUUAUUUCUUAUGAUGUUUUGAAGCUUACUGUGAAACUCACAAAACCAUGAACACCAGAAAUAUUUAUGGAAUGUUAUUGUGUUGUGAGGAAUCAGCCAAUAAGGCGCGUGAUAACUAAACUGCAAACAGCAACGGUAAUUAGUUUGUGGUUUUGAGGUUUGCUUGCACAUCCUGAACUUUAUUGUAAUUGGCCAGUACACAAUCAACACUCCUGAAAUUUUUCUGAGUUUGGCGGUAAUUUAAAACCAGUACAUGCAAAACAUAUUUUAAUCAGCACUGCUAUAACUUGUUUUGAAGCACUUUUCCUAUUGUGUUUAUAAGCCCUUCCAUUUAUACGCCCUCCCAAAACCCCUUACGAAGAUGUACAUUGUAUAUACCCAGGGCAUAUAAGUGACAUUUUACAGAAUAACCCUCCACUGGAGGAGGGCCGUCUAGUUACAUGUACGAGGGGAAGGCUUCACACUGGGCUAUCUCACUUAAGGGAAGUCUGGGUAGAGUUGUACUGUCAAGGUCUUGAAACCAUGUCUAAGACAAAAUUCAUUUUGCUACCCUGUUUGAGACAAGAGUCUCUAUUUCAUGACUUUAAUUCAUUUUGUUUUACGUCCAAAACUAAGUAAUUUUCGAAACUGACAUCAUGGAAACUUACUACAUCAUAGGCACUCUAUGAAAUUGUAUUAAACCUGUUUAAGACUCAACUCCCUGUAAACCAUACCCCAACUAGCGGCACAUACCCAUUUAGGUCAAAUACAUGUAAAGGAGAGACCCUACCCCCACCCCCCAACCCCCGAUACCUUAUCCUAGAUCAAGAGUCCUGUCAUAUUAGUAUUUUUGAUCAUAGUUAGUAGAGGUGACUGGUUAGGAAAUCCGGCAAACAUCAAAGUUGAAAACAAUGUUGCUGUAGGUUAUGUUGGAAGCUGACCGUGCACAAUCCUUUGUUUUCUAUUCAUAAAUUAUGACUGAAUAAAUUAAUGCAAUAUUUCUUUUGGUCAGUAAGUUCAAAAUGAUAGGAAUGCUAUUGAACGUUGUGCACGGUCAGGCCCAAAAAAGCUAACAAAAAACAUAGAACAAAGGGUUUCCCAACCAUUCCACUUUGAUUAACUAUAAAUGAUCCACAGUCAUAAAUUUCUACUGGAGUGAAGGCAUUAACAUUAUUUAGAAGCUUAAAGCAAGAAGAUUUACAUUAAGGUAAAUAUGUUAUAAUAUGUUUUGUUUAUUGACACUGUAUUUAGUUGUUUUGGGCCAGAGGCGUGGUGAACUUUGCGUAAGUCUGGGGAAAAGUGCUUUCUUUCUUGAAAAAGAACUUAUGCUCCAAGUAAACAAUAGUUUCAUUGUUGACCAAACAUGAUUUGGCCUUCGGCCUCAGUGGAUACCUUUCUCUUCUAUCUCCAUAAUUCUUCACAUCAUACGAUUGACAAAUUAAUUAAUUGAUAAACAUUUCAAGCUCCAAUAUCCAGAAUGAUCACAAUACAUUUCCUUAAAUCAUUAGUGGAGAGAAUAUGAUGAUUGAUCAAAGCAUUUUCCCUUGGGUGAUCAUUUUAUUACUUCUUAUAACCUUUUUUUCUUGAUUAUGAAUCAAUAGUGUUGGGAGAAAAUUGAUUUUGAUGACUCUUGGGACUAAAAGGGUUAAUGCUCGCUUAGGCCUGGUAAUAGCUGUGAGAUUCCUUAUAUGGAGUUGUCUUGUGUUUAUCUUAAGGGCUGAAAAGGAAAAUGGCGGGAAACGAAGAUCAACAAACUGACGUAACUGACGGCGAAGAGGGCACCAUGACAAGUGAGUACAUGAAUAAGCUUCAUAAUGAACGUAUGCAAAGGCAAAGGAAUCUCGCCGAAACAGUCCUGUCACAGAUGGAAAGCCAGUGUAAAGCUUUCGGCGGAGAAAAGGAAAAUCAGAAAAAAUGGGAAGAGGCUGCAAAAAUGAUCGCUUAUGCUCGUCAGAGGGAAAAGGAGGGAACGGAACAAGUGGAAAGCAAAAGAGAAAAGCUUUUAGAGGAGCAAAAAAAGUUAAAGGAUCAGUGGUUUCAAGAGGAGAUGGAAAAGAAAAGACAGCUGGAACAACUACGCGAAGCAGAGAAAAGCAAAGCGAAGGAGGAGGCAGAAAAACGUGCCGCUUUGGAGAUGCAGAGGAAGCAGGAACUUGAAAAUGCCAAACAAAAGGAAAGUCAAGAAUUGUUCACGAUGAAACAGGAAUGGCAACUGCAGGAAGACGCGAGAAAAGCCGCUGAAGAACAGAGACGAAUCGAAAAACAACAGCAGGUGGAACGCGAAAAACUGAAGCACCUGGAAGAAGAAAGUGACCGUGCCAUGGCGGAGCAGAAACGGAAACAGGAGGAACAAAAAAAGCAAGAAGCAGAGUGGGUGAAUUAUGCGCAAGAUCUCAAGAGAAAGCAAGAGGAAAAAGCGAGAAUUGAGGCGGAGAAACAGAGAGUUUGGCAACAGGAAAAGCUGAAAGAAAACAGUGAAAUUAACCAGUUUGUUGAAACGAGAAAAGCUGUGGAAGAUCAGAAAAGGAAAGAAUGGGAGAAAGAGAGGGAUAAAACGGCCGAGGAAGCCCGCUUACUCGAGUCAGGAGUGCGACAGCAGUUUUUGGACAAGCAGGGGAAAGUCGUCUCAGAACUACUGCAGAACGAACUGGCAAGAGAAGAGGCGAGGAAAAGAGAGGAGGCGGAAAUGAAGAGGAAACAAAGAGAGGAGAGACGACAAGAGGAAGAGAGAAGAAAGUUAGAGCUUGAGGAACAGUUGUUAGCCAAAGAGAAAGAAAAAAGGGAAAGAGAACAGAAAGUCAAAGAACUUGAAUGGAGGCGUUACCUUGAUGGGAUAAAGGAGAAAGAAGACGAGAAAGCGCAGAGAGACACAGCGAAACAAAAACGGAUGGCGGAACAGAGAAAGGAAGAUGAACAGAAGGCUGCAGAGAUGGCGGAAGCACAGCGGCGUGCGAGGGAACAACGACGGAAAGAGGAAAAUGAAGCGAUGCAAAUAGCUGAGAAACUGAGGUUGGAACAAGAGCAGAGGAGGAAAGAGCUGGAACAAGAACGAGAAGAAGCAAAGAGGAAGGUGUUGUUACAAGACAAAGAGAAGAAAGAACAGGAGGAGGCCAAACGGGAACUGGUCAUGCGUAAACAAGAGGAGGAGGAGAGGCUAAGAGAGGAGAAUAAAAAACACCAGGAAAUGGAAAUGAAAAAACUUCUGGAGGUAAGGGACUGGUCAUAAAUUCGCGGGAGGGGAGGGGGCGUAGAAAGAUUCAAAAGUUAGAGCUACCUCGUACAGCGUAAUGAACUGUUCCACUGGAGAGUACUGGUUAUCAGCUUUUAUUUGAAUGAUUACACAAAUUCAAAAGUUAGAACCACCUUGUACAGUACACCAGACCACCCCACACCACAGGAUAAUACUACGUAGUAGCUUUCAUUUGAAUGGUCACACCAUGGGAUUUUAUUCGCAGACACAAAAGUUAGAACCACCUUGUACAGCAUAAUAAAGAGUACCACAGGAAAGUACUGCUCAGUAGCUUUCAUUUGAAUGGUCAUACCAUAGGAUUUUAUCCACAGACUCAAAAGUUAGAACCACCUUGUAUGGCAUAAUAAACAGUACCACAGGAAAGUACUACUCAGUAGCUUUCUUUUGAAUGGUCACACCAUAGGAUUCCAUCCACAGACUCAAAAGUUAGAAGCACUUUCUAGCACAGGAAGAGGUUUCAGUUGAAUAGUCGAACUCAAAUUGCAAUUAUUUCUUUUAGCUGCAGCGAAAGCGGCAAGAACGAAGCGAAGCUCAGGCAGCGGUGAAUGAAUCCGAGCUCCUGGAACAGAAAAGCCGAAAGGAUGAGCGCUCUAAGGGAGCGGCGGACAGUGGGAAACUUUUGCUGGAGAAAACCUUCAAGCAAGAGGAGGAAUUUCGGGAGCAAGCUGAAAGGAGACGACGCGAACAUGUUGAGAUGCAAAAGAGGCAGCUUGAGGAGAUGAAGAAGGCUGAAAAUGAACUGAUGAAGAAAGCUCAAGCUCUUCGGAAAGAAACUGACCAUGGUGACAGCCAUAUGGGUUCACCUUCGUCACGUAACGAUAAUAAAACAGAAGCAGAGUCAAAGUGGAAGAAGGGUUUCUUUGCAUCGUUGUUUGGACGUAAGUAGGAACUGAACUUUGCCAUAAAAGUCUUUGUUACUGACUUUUUUUUUCGUCAUGACUGUAAUUUGAUAUGAAAUGCAGUAAUUUUGAUUUAAGUGCUCAUGGUACAUAAAAACUCUCGCAUAUUCGCCACUUAGGAACCGAGAAGGAAACUGGGACGAGUUUACUUUCGCAAAGACUUGUGGGAUUGUUUGUUGAGACAGAGAAAAAUUGGCCAAUAACUGACCAUCGAGUCCCUAGAACAAUCCCAGAAAAUCCAUGCUGCCCAGUUGCUUUCUGGUUUCUAAAGUAGUGAACUUCCGGCUGGAAUUUGGCCAAUAAGAGCCAAAAGAACCAUUCCAGUCGGUUGCCAAACAAAAAUUGGGAGUUCUUAUAUGCUGGUUUUUACUGUAACUGGCUUUAUUACACUAUUUCGGUUCCCCUACUAACAACUGGCGAAGCCAAUGAAACAUAUUUAAUUAAAACUUCUUCCGAUCAUUUUGCAUUCUGGAAGGAUGCUUUCUCGACGACAACUUACUCUGAAAAUUAAGCAGUUAUGAAGUACAGUCGUAUUCAUUGGUAUCAGAUUUACAAAGACUCAGAAAAUUCAAUGAAGCGAUCAGAAAGGGAUGCAAAUACAUUUUGCGGGUGCCAAGCGCGGGAAAUCGCAUGAGAGCAGGUGUCAAUGCGUUUUGUCUUCUGAUUGGUCGAGAAAAAAGUGACCGAGAAGCUUUUAGCCAAUCAUAAAGAGUUACGGUACAAAAAAGUAUCACAACAGCGAGACGUUGAAACAGUUCGAGGUAGUUAUAUAAUAUGAAAAUCUUUUUUACAGGUCUUCUGUAUUAAAUGUAUCGACGUUUCAAGGGCAUCUCGUCUAUGUGACGUUUAACAAGGGUACUCGUUAGCUCUCGAAACUUUUAAAGUUAUUGAAAAUUCCGAAAAAAAUUUUUCUGCCCAAGAUUUUGAAAGUCC